AUGAAGAUCGAAGGUCUUCCACCAACAAUGGCCGAUCAUUGGCUUGAAUACCUCACCAAAUUCUAUCUCUUACCUGGAGGGAAAUUUUUAGCAAUAUGGGACGCUUUUAUUGUCUGUGUGGCCGUGUUAAACACAGUCAUGUUGACUUUUAUGGCUUCAUUCCAAGUUCAUUCUCCUGGUGCAUGGGUACUGUCCUAUGCCAUCGACAUUAUUUUCCUAACCGACAUAUACAUUAAAUUCCACCGUGCCUUCCUCUCAAAUGGUUUUUGGGUAGUCUUCCCUAAGGAGAUGGCUCUACGAUACCUAGACAGUGUAGAAUUUUGGUUGGAUCUUGCAUCGAGUCUGCCGGUUGAUUUAUUCGCCUUGUGCUUCUUUGCUACGAAUCAAGACCCAAUCAGUUAUUUGGCACUCGUGAGAUUGCCUAAACUCAUUCGAGUACGAUGUAUCGUCGCAUACUUUAUGAGAGAGGAACAACGUUUGCAUGCUGGUUUCAUGCUUCAUUCUUCUGGUCCUGACGGUCCAAUCUGCUCUGAUAACAGUUGGGUUAAUUCUCGUACCUUCACUGCAACCAAUGAUUCUCUUUUCAGUCUUUAUGUGGAUUCGAUUUAUUGGGCCACCACGACACUGACGACCACCGGUUACGGAGACAUACAUCCUGACAACACUGGAGAACGAAUCAUGGCCUGUUUUGUUCAAAUCAUGGGUAUUCUCUUCUUUGGAUAUAUUUCUGGUACCAUUGCUUCCAGUCUUUCCAACAUGGACUCUCGUCGUGUUACCUACCAACAAAAGAUGGACGCCGUCGUCCAAUACAUGCGGACUCGUGAUAUGGACUAUGAAAUGCAACAACGAGUGCUGGAAUACUUUGAUUACGCAUGGAAUCGUAACAAGGGUAUUGAUGUACGACAUCUCUUUGAUGAAAUGCCAGCUACUUUCCGUGGAGACUUGCUGUAUAGUUUGAACUUUGCUAUUAUUGAUCAGGCUAAGGUGUUCUCUGCUUGCUCUUUGGGAUUCCGUCGCACUGUAGCAUACACCAUCAAAUUCUACCUUUACACUGCCGAUGAAUUCUUGACCCAUCAAGGUGAUCUUGCGCAAGAAAUGUAUUUUAUUACACAAGGACGUAUCGAUAUAUUUGAUGGACCAGAACAAAAGCGAGCUAUUAAGUGUUUGAUUGAAGGAUCUUGUCUUGGAUACGCACCUACUAUCUUGGGUGGAUUCCAUGAUUAUUCUGCUAGAGCAGUAUGUAAUUCCGACGUUUUCGUCUUGACUCGUGACGAAAUCGAAGGCAUCUUCAGAGCUUAUCCGGAAGAUGCCAAGCUAGUACGCCAAGCUUGUAUGCAAAUCGCUGCUGAAACCUCAAACAAGAAAAUGAAGACAUGCCUAUCCGAUGAAGCCUCCUCCGUCCACUUAUCUACAAAGGACAGUGUUGCAGCUGGUCUUGACAAGGUCCCUUCGACCCAAGCCAAGUCAUAUGGGUCCCAAGGAUUCUUAAUUAUGGAAUCAGAGGCACAAGCUGCAAAGGACUCCGGUUCUGGUGGUAUCCGUAACCGUCGAGCUAGUUAUCGUAAAUUUCCCUUCUCUAGUGGUGCGCCCGGUGGCGAACACCACGAAUCCGACAAAGACUUGAAUUCUAACUCCCACGUUGAUGGCAAACCUCGAACAUCAACAGGAAUACUCGUCGCCGAAGGAUCAUCAAACGGCGACGUUUCACGACGAAUUCCCAAUCCUAAACGCAGUCACCAUGGAUCAGCAGAUUCAGAUAAUGGUGUUGCUGGUUUGGCAGCCCUACCUGCCCAUAUCAAGAUUUCCAUUGACCCCCACACCGAGUCACAACAUACCAGUAGUAGCAGUAGUUACGACCACGCUCCACCGCACCAACCGAUCUCAACACUGCAACAACAUGGUGGGAGUGCAGGACUGUCAGCACAUUCUGGACUACAGCCUCCAAUAUUGGAAGCCGAUGAAACGAGUCGAUCGAAACUUGCGCUUGCUCCCGCUAAUGUACAUCAUGAAUGA